AGAUAUGGCUGCAGAUGGAAUUUUCGCGUAUCAAAACGAAAGCUAAACCAUUUCGGAUUUCGGCGGGGCUUCUCUGCUUCGCCGUUGGAACUAGCAAGCGAUCGAUAAUGGCUUGGCGUGGCUCGCUUUCCAGGUCGCUGAUUUCUACGGCUAGGACGUCAACCAUUCGCCCGUCGCUGCUGCCUAUCCCCCGCCUCCGUGCACCGCCGGUGCCCGGUUCUCGCCGCCUUUCCUUCGCGAAUCCCAGGAGAUUGGGGGAAUUAGGAUGCGCGCAUUCCCUUAUGCCGCUGCAGUGCUUGGCCGCGGAGCCCGCCUCUUGACCAUCGGCGCACGGGCUUGCUGCGAGCUGUCUUCUGGUACCUUCCGCCGUACUUGUCAGGAUCGCUAGUGGUUUCUUUGCGAGUCUUACUAAAUGACAAAUCAAAGAAAACAAGAACGUUUUCAUUUCAUUCAUUUCCGGCAUUCAUGCACCGAUCGAUCCUCCGCUUGAACGUAAUUUUUAGCGGUUAAAUGUUAGUUAUAUAAGUUUGUGAAUUGAUUGACAAAAGGAGUGGGCUGGAUUACUGUUGUUAGCUUGUGGAAUUUUGGCUAAAGACACAGAAAGAUUGGGAGUAGGA